AUGCUUUCCCCAACCUCACUUUCUACCGCACUUAUUGGUGCACUGUUAGCAAUCGUCAGCAAUGAUUCUUUGUUUGUUUCUGCACAAGGCGAUAACCCUACCUUCCAACUCCAUCGUCAAUGUCUCUGCCAACCUACUCAGUCUUGCUGGCCUAGUGCUGCUGACUGGUCUGCUCUCAACACAGCUGUUGGAGGCCGAUUGAUCCCUACCAAGCCUGCUGCCUAUGAGUGCCAUAACCCUAAUUAUGACCCAGGCAAAUGCCAGGAGAUUCAAAAAGGCUAUUUUUUUGAUUCUUGGAGACAUCUUCAGCCUGGCGCUGUUGAACAAACCAAUUGGGAGCUGUUUAACAACAAAGGUUGUCGCGGGUUUAACCAAACUGAGCCGUGUUUCCAAGGUGCUGUCCCAUUGUACACAAUCAACGCUACCAGUGUCCAAGAUGUCCAACAAGCGGUUCGAUUCGCAGCCAAGAAAAACAUUCGCCUUGUAGUCAAGAACACAGGUCAUGAUUACCAUGGGCGCAGUAUUGGUGUUUCAUCGCUUAAUAUUUGGGUUCAUCACUUGAAGAGUAUUGCCUUUAAUGACAGCUUUGUUCCAGAAGGCGCCCCUAAAGGGACUCCAGCGACUGGUGCGAUAAUUUUAGAUCCCGGUGUUAUCUGGAGAGAUGCUUAUAUUGCUGCUGACAAGCAUAAUGUCACUGUAGUCGGGGCUGGCCAUGCCACAGUUGGAACUAGUGGCGGGUUCUGCCAAGGUGGAGGACAUGGCCCUCUUUCACCUCGCUAUGGUUUAUGUGUGGACAAUGUUCUUCAAUUCAAGGUAGUCACAGCUGAUGGUAAAACCAGGACUGCCAACGCUUACCGGAACAAGGAUCUGUUCUGGGCUCUACGUGGUGGAGGAGGAUCAACAUUUGGAGUUGUGGUCCAAGCCAUCUAUAAGACUCAUCCUCCUCUGAGGAAUAUCAGUUAUGCGACGUAUCGCAUAGCCUUUAACGGGACUGAAUCUCGUCGUCAAGUCUAUAGCAGUUUUUUAUCCCAGCAGCUCUCUUGGUCUAAGGCGGGACACUCUGGCUAUGCCCUCAUCCAAAAGGAGUUUUUAUUGUUGUACUACUACUUACUCAAUUCGGAUGCCGCUGCUGGACAAAAGAGUUUUGAGCCUUUCUUGAAGGAUAUUUCAGCGAUUCCUGGCGUAACAGUGGACGGUACAGUCACAGGUGCAUCCUCAUUCUGGGAGAGCUUCAAGGCCGGGAUGCCUCCGCCAGAAGUACCUAACUCUGGCACUAAUGUCCUCCUUGGGUCACGCUUGAUCCCCCAGAGCAAAUUCGAGUCCGAAGCCGGCGUGAAGCAAUUAAGUGACACCUUUUAUGACGUUAUGGAAGAUCUAGACGGAUAUUUGAUGCCGCAGGAGGGUUUGAUUGGUACUUUGGUGGCAGGUGGUCAAGUGUCGAAAGGUACUAGCAAGGAGACAUCAGUAGGGCCAGCAUGGCGUCAAGCUUUGUUUCAUAUAAUAUCACCCGUUACCUGGGACAAUAGUGCUUCCCCUGAAGCUGUUCAGACAUUAGGUCGUAAGGUGACUUCAGCCAUUGAACGUCUACGUGAAAUUACGCCUGGAUCUGGAGCAUAUUUCAACGAGGCGGACCAUUCUGAGCCUAACUGGCAACAGUCAUUCUUCGGAAGCAAUUACCCACGCCUAAAGCAGGUGAAAACCAAGUAUGACCCUUAUGGUGUGUUUAUUUGCCAUCAUUGUGUUGGUAGCGAGGAUUGGAACGAGAAUUUGACCUGCCGCCACCAAAAGUAAAUAUAGUUCGUUGGGUACCAAAAUAAACGCAGGU